CAGGUAACAAAAAGGAUGAGGAAAGACUAACGGGUAGAUACACAUAAAAGCCUUCCGUUUCCUAUGAAACCGCUUCCCUCCAGCUCCACUGUCCGUCGCGUUCGCGUAGAAAUGUGCUCGUGAAACGCACGUCUCAGGUACGGUAGCCUCGUAGGGACUGCGGCCUGAGAACCGGGGAACUCGAGAUGACGGGCGCUCGGAGGUCGAUGUGUAAUUAGCUGCCAGCCGGUGAAACUGAAGUCCGUGUAAGGAAGUAUGUCUGGCAGAAUGCAGGAAUGCGCGCACGAAAGGGACCUGCAUUCUGUCAAGGAGAAGUGGAAAUUUCCCUUGUCUGACGGCGAGGGUGGAAGGAACAGGUGCUUUUCUGUGGCGUCCGUCCAGCACACGCGUCCUACAGAUUUGCACCAACGGCAAUCUCAGCGUACGAUGUGCAUCUGCGUCAGAAGGUGGCGGUGAAGAAGCUUUCCCGGCCCUUCCAGUCCCUCAUCCACAGCCGGCGCUCCUACAGGGAGCUGCGCCUCCUCAAGCACAUGAAGCACGAGAAUGUAAUAGGGCUGCUAGACGUCUUCUCUCCUGCCACUUCCCUGGAGGACUUCAAUGAAGUUUACCUGGUGACCAAUCUGAUGGGGGCGGACCUCAACAACAUAGUGAAGUUCCAGCGCCUCUCGGACGAGCACGUGCAGUUUCUCAUUUAUCAGCUACUAAGAGGCCUCAAGUACAUUCAUUCAGCCGGACUGAUCCACAGAGACCUGAAGCCAAGCAACGUGGCGGUGAAUGAAGACUGUGAACUGAGGAUCCUGGACUUUGGAUUGGCCAGGCAAACGGAUGACGAGAUGACAGGAUAUGUGGCGACUCGCUGGUACAGAGCACCUGAGAUCAUGCUCAACUGGAUGCACUACAACCAGACAGUGGAUAUCUGGUCUGUGGGGUGCAUCAUGGGAGAGCUACUGAAGGGGAAGGUCCUGUUUCCUGGCAACGAUUACAUUGACCAGCUGAAAAGGAUCAUGGAGGUGGUGGGCACCCCUAGCCCUGAGUUGUUGAAGAAGAUCUCCUCUGAACAUGCUCAGAAAUACAUCCAAUCCCUUCCUUAUAUGCCCCAGCAGGACCUGGAAAAAAUCUUCAGAGGAGCAAAUCCAUCGGCGGUGGACCUGCUGAAGCGGAUGCUGGUGCUGGACUGCGACGGGCGCGUGACGGCCGCCGAGGCGCUGGCGCACCCCUACUUCUCCCAGUACCACGACCCCGACGACGAGCCCGAGGCCCCGCCCUACGACCAGACCCUGGAGAGCAAGGACCGCACCCUGGAGGAGUGGAAGGAGUUGGUGUUCGAGGAGGUCAACAGCUUCAAGCCUCCCGGCAGUAAGAAGGACAGCCUGCAGGCGGAGCAAUGAGCCGAUGCCCCGCCCCCUUUCACCGCUGCCCCGCCCACUCCCCGGGAGGGACCGCCCUCCCCGCGUCUGUCUGUCUGUCAGUGUGGGGUCUUGGGAGAGACUGCCAACCAAACAGAGAAGACUCCCUGUCCUGUAGGCGCAUGACCCCCAAACCCCACCCCACCCCACCCCCGCCCCCUGCCCCUUUUCUGUUUUUCUAACCUUACGUCGAGAGAGUGUUGAUGGGGACCCUUGUUCGAACCCCAGGAUUUAUUUGCGUUGGUUGUGCCAGGACUCCCAGUGCAAGCGCUGACAUUUCGUACAGCUUCAGGAUGAACUGAUGAGUUUUCUGUGUGAGGUGACCGGUUCUCCUUUCACCCAGCAGAGUGGCUCUCUAGGCAAUACGUGAUGUCUUGACACGAAAUGGAAUGCAGAGGCCAACGUCAGUACAUGGACCAAUAUUAUAGCACACUAAUGUGUUAUCACAGGUGAGACUAUGGGCGGGGCCUGAGGGGGGAAGGCGGAACCAGUCCUGUCUGUCAAGUUGAGUGCAUUUAGUCCAGGUUUAGCCCCAAGACGAGUCCCGCAAGAGCCAUCAAUUCCAGAUUGCGUCAUCGAACAAAUGACGGUGCAGUGCGCCAUUCCACUAGGCGCGUCUCCAGUGUGUCAACACGGCGUCCAGUGUAUGUAUGUGUUGUGAGUGAGAGAUUAGUGUUUGUGCGUGCCUCUCUCCCUUUCCUCUCCCCCACGGUGUUCUCGCAUGUCUUUUGUAAAAUGCUAGCCGACGUCCAGCGCUGUCUUCCGGUUUGUUCAGGCUCACCUGAGUCUGUUCGCAUGUUUCCUCUCCGACCUCAAUAAAAACCAAACUUCCAAACCUCUGAUAA